AUGGAGAAUAAUACUAAAAAUAUUUUUUUUAAUCACAUCGAUGAAAUAAUUUUAUCAUCACUCAUACAUCAAUUAGCCAACUUAGCUGAUGAGACUGCUAGCAAACAAAUUGUAUGUGCGGUGAAAAAUGGUGAUGAAUUACCACAUGACUUACUUUGCCAACUUCAAACAUUAGCUGAAAAUAAUGAUGAUCUCGAAGGAUCAAUCUCUGCAAAACAUAUUAUUUGUGCACAUGCAACUUGGCAUAGUAGUUUUGUAGAACCCAUGUAUUUCAAAGAUCUUCCUGAACUAUUGAAAUCAGCUAAUUCUACCAUGCGUCAAUGUAUUUUAUGGGCAUUUGCAUCGACAAUAUCGUGCAGCAGUAUUCUUACUCCAAUGAUAAUUGAAUAUUUAUAUGAAUAUUUAAAUGAUUCUAUUUUGCAAUGGUCAAUAUUAUUUAUCUUUCGUAAAUUAUCAGAAAAUGAUGACUAUAUUCAAAUGAUUACUGAUGAUCGAUGGAUGUUCAUAGCGAGUUUAUCGAACAAUUUAGAAUUGAAAGAAGAAGCUCGUAUAACGGUCGUUCAUACUAUGAUUCAUAUUUAUCGAAAAAGAAAACAAAUAGCAAAUUAUAUUAAAAUUCAAUUAGAAGAAUUAGUUACAAGUGAGAGUUUAUCAAAGAAACUUCUUCUUGUUGCUAUACAAGCAUUAUAUAAGAUUGUAAUGGAUGGUGCCCGCGUAAAUUCUACUACUUUAGAUAAAUUAUAUGAAUUGGCAGCAAUCAGUGAUGAUUCUAUAAUCGAAUGUGUGCAUGAACUUCUGGAAUUUCUCGAUGAUAAACGAAUUCUAUCGAAGAUAGUACUUCAUGGUUUGAACUCGGAUAUAAAAAGAGAACUUGUUGCAACUCAAAAUAUAUCAGUUUCACAUUCAAAAGACGAUAUUAUUGUACCUACUACUGAAUUAGUAAGAUUAGAUCAUUUGCUUGAUGGAAUCGGUCAUUUUGAUCGCACACAUUAUAUCGAAAUUCAACCAAUAAUUCAUAUUGAUACAGAUGAUAAUCAAGCUUGGCAUCGUAGAACAAUAAGUGAGAUAAAAAAUCUUGCUUCUCUAGCAAAACAAGGAAGUUUAACAGCAAAAGACUUCGAUUAUCUCGUCGAAAAAAUGAACGCUGGUGUACAUUGGCUUUCAAUAACGCGUCGAACUACAAUGUACAAUCUCAUCGCUACUGCCUUUUUAGACGCUGCAAAAGCUGGACAAACUCUACCAGAAAAUGUCAUUGAUAUCAUGAUCGAUCGCCUAACGGAUAAAACAAACGACUUAAAUUCUAUUUGUGCUGAAUCUCUACUAGUAAUAGUAAGUCGAAAUGAAUUAUUUCGAGCUAAACAUAUAAAGAAAAUCGAACAAAUACUUAAAGCAACAGACAAUGAUUCUCUGGGUGAGCCCAUCAAAGAAAAACUUAUUGAAAUUUAUGCUCUAUAUAUAAAGAAUGAUCAUUAUCCAACAUUAGAUCUUGAGUCUAUUAAAGAUGAUUUACGGAUGGAAAAAACAUCUGAUAAAGUUAGUUUUCUAUUUUUGAAAGCAGCAACUGUUAGAAAACAAGUAUUUUCAAUUGAACACAUGAUGCUUCUAAGUAUAACAGGAAAAUUAGAUACUUAUUCAAUGGCAACACGUCAAAAUUGUUUGGAAGCUCUUUAUUCUAGUAUCCAACAUAUGAAUGAAAAACAUUUGCUGAAACCUGAACUAAUCGAUUCUCUUGGCGAAAUACUAAAAGAUAAAAAUGAAAAGAUUCAAAAAUUGGCUGCUGCUACAUUAUGUUUGAUCGCCACUAAUGAAAAAUCUCGUUUAUCAAAUAAUAUUCUUGAAAAACUUGCAGUUAUGCUACAAUGUGAUGAUCAAAAGUUGCUACAUAAUCUUCUAUGUAUCUAUAUGAGGUUAGCCAUAUCAAAAGAACAUGUGUCUAACGAAAUUUUAGAUAAUGUCAUUUAUGUCCUAUUUAAACUAGAAGUCGAUUUUACAGCACGUCAUCAAGCCAUUUUGAUACUGAAAUAUGUUGUUGAUAAUGGCCAAGAUUUAUCUUCAACAAUACUGGAUGCAAUUGAAGCAUGUCUUAAUGAUUCCGACUCUCAUAUUCGUAAUACUGCUGGAAUUACUUUUAUUAAAUAUUGGCAACAACAAGUUGAAAAAUGUCCUAAUAAUGAUAUUAAACUAGACAAUUUAGUUAUAUUUUUUCGUAAUCAAUUUGACUUACAAGUACAAAUCCAUGCACUUGAACUUCUUCAGUAUCUCAUAGAAAAACAUUAUGAAUUGUCCGACGCAUUGUUAGAAUUAAUUGAAUGUUGUCUAUGCGAUCACGAACCAACUAUUGUGAAGCAUGCAUUAACUAGUUUGACCUUGCAUAUGAAACAAAAACCAUUAUUGACAAGGACAAUUGCAUGUUUAGAACAUGUAUUAACAACGGAAACCAAGGCUUUUCGUGAAGUAGUGAAAAUUUUAAAGACCGUAGUCGUCUGUCAAGGUCAUAUUUUAUCCGAACGAACAAUCACUCAUUUAAGUUAUUUACUCUUCGAAAAAGAUGAUCUUUAUUAUAUUGUUAUUUUGCUUCAACUUGUCGAUCGUAAUCAGCCACUUCCAAAUAAUAUUGUUGAUUUUCUUCGACAACAAUACUAUACCAAUGUUCUUCGUUAUUCAAAUUAUCCAGUAAGUAAAGAAAGAGCUACAACCGAACUUUUAUCUAUGACUGCUAAUGGACAACAAUUAUCAAAAUCAGUUCUUAAGACUAUUUUUUAUUUAUUACGAUCGCCCGAGCGAAGAUCAUCACUAUUGCCAAUUAUUGUUAACAUUAUAAAUAAUGGACAGCGUUUACCACAUGAUCAGAUUGACUCUCUUAGUACAAUUCUCCUUAAUACUGAAGAUGAAUCGUUAAUUAAUUUAAUGAAAGUUUUCACUCAACUUAGUUGUCAGAACUAUCUGAUUCCCGAAAAUGUAAUUAAUUAUUUGCAAAAAUUCAUAGACAAACCAUUAAUCAGUAUUUAUAUUAUUGAAAUCUAUCAACAUCUUAUUGAACAACAGAAAUCAGUCGAUCAAAAGAUUAUUAAAGAAAUUUUACGACUUUUAGAUUCGAAUAUAUUUAUUACUAUUGAACAAGAUUUACAGAAUCGACUAUUGACUUGCUCAAAAGUCAUUGCUAAUCGUUGGCCUGAUGAAAUCAAUCAGACAGAUAUUUCAUUACUUCUAGACAUAUAUUCAUCAUCAACAAUGAUAAGUAAAAAUAUUUGUACUAUUAUUGACGCUCUAGUUAAAAAUGGUCGAAUACUAAUACCUUCUGUUGUGAAAGCACUCAUUUAUCUAUUAAAUAAUAGUGACGAUUCUGAUAUUUCAUCUAUAAUAGCCAAAAUUUUCGAAUAUGCUCAAUCAAACAAACAAGUAAUUAUUGAUUCCUUAUUGCAAAACAUAGACGAUGAUGAUAUGUUUGUUCAAGAUUCAAAAAAAGCUAUUCAAUUGGGUCGAACCUUAACCGACAAAGAUUUUAUUAGAUUAUCCCAUUUAUUCUAUACUAACGAUGUGAAUUUAAAAAGAGAAGUAGCAAAUAUCAUUGCACAUCAACGAAUUCUCUCUGAUCAAAUAUAUAAUGCUAUUUUUGCUACUUUACAUGAUGAAACAAUCAAUAUUAUUACCAUACCUUUAUUAUUCGAAUCAUCUGUAAAACUACCACUAUCAGUUAUUGAUGAUCUAUUAAACGUAGCAUGCAAUUCAAAGCAUGCUAUUGUGCGAGAAACUACAAGAAAGUUGCUCACUGUUUAUAUCGAAUAUCCUAAAGUACAAAAGUUUUUACAAUACGAACAAGAUUUACAACUUUUAGACCGAAAGGAUAGUAUGGCAACAAUGCUUUGGUCAUCAAAUCAAGUCAAUGUAUCUCUUGCUCUGAAGAUUUUACAAGGGAUAGUAGUUUUUGAUCAACAAAUUUCAUCCGAUCUUUUGCUAGCUGUAGCUUGGUUACUCAGCAUUCAUAAAGAUUUAGUGUCUAAUAUUCUCAUCGAAGUAUUGAAACGUGAUAUUAAAGUGAAUUAUGAUGUUUAUGAGGCAAUUGAAAAUGUUUUUCUCGUUUAUCAGUCGAACCAAAUGUUUAAAUUGAUUUACAUGUUGGCACAAAAGAAAAUUAUCUUGCAAUGGGAGACAUUGAAAAUUCUUAGUGAUAAUAGUAUGAUAAGUGAAAGUGUUGUAGCUUUAGAAUAUGCUGCACGAAAUCAACUAUUACCAACAGAAGUUCUUUCAUGUCUUAUUAAUCAACUUUCACAAGAAUCGAUAGAAAGAACUUUUUCUAUUCUUCGUUAUCAAAUAUUACAAGGCAAUGUAGAACACUUCAUGGAUUAUCUAAAGAAACUUAAAGUUCCUUCCAUAAUUAAUUAUGAAAAUUUAUCUCAGCUGGAAACAUUCGAUCAAUAUAUGGGUACAAUGCAUACUCUACUUUUUGUUAAUUAUUUUGAUUCGACCGUGUUUGAAAUGCCUGCAGAACAAUGGUCACGAGAAUGUUUAUGUGUUGAUUUAUUGACUGGAUGUUCAAAUAAUACGCCUGAACAAAUUGUUUCUUUCUAUCAUUAUUUAACUCAACUUGAACAAUACAAACAGUAUGAUCUGUACGAUGAUGACCGUGAUCUUAUUCUCCAGGAACUUAUUCGAAAACAACGAACAUAUUUAAUGAAUCUUUCAAAGAUUAAUCAAAUAUUAAUUUAUUUACAAACAUUAACAGAUCGUUCAUUUGAAAUUCUAGAAUCAGAUGAUGUCAAUUGGUUUGAUAGUCUUCGUCGAUUUUUCAUUAAUGACAAACUUGAAGAAUGUCUUUGUAAUGUGAUGUAUCCACAAUCGCUCAUCAAUCAUCUUGUUGAUCGUAUUACUAAACAAGAAGCUCUGUCAGCCGAUUUAAUUGAGCCUUUCUUGAAAAAUGUUCGUCAACCUCAACAUGUCAUCACAAAUCUCGAUAUGAUUACAAAAUAUCAUAUCACAAAUAUCGAAUUGAUUCAACUCUUUGCUAAUGUAUCAAAAGAUACUAUCGAUUUCACAUCUUUUGUGCAUCAAAUAGAACUGAUCGUUUUGAACCGUGCUCUCAUACAUCUAUGGCAUGGUCCGCAAGAACAGUUGGCAUUAGCUCAUGUUUAUCUAUGUCGAUUACUCGAAGUAGGAUGGAUGUUCGAGAAACUGAUUGAACUACUGAAUCAUAUUCGAACUAUAAUUGACUCAUGUGAUAGUCUUUGUCGAUUUAUCGAUAGUUUAAAGAUUAUAUAUGACUAUAGAAUGAAAGAUAAUAUCGUCCAUAGAUUAAACAAGAUAUAUUCUAGCGAAGACCCUCACUCAUGGCCAUUAUUAGUACAUAUUUGUGUCGUUGAAAAUUGUUUUGGUUCGACAAAUUUAGAACAGACAAUUUCGACAAUAUUGGAAGAAAUUAAACAUUUGAAUAAGAUUCAGUUUUCAACACCAUUUAUUGAAAUACUACAACGUAUUAAUCAAGCAUUCGAAUCUGAUUCUUCAAUAUGUAAACAACAAGUAUCUAUCAAAAAUUGGAGUAUAUCAAACAUAAAGGCAUGGGCAUCAUAUUUAGUGAGCCAUGGACAAACAGAUAGUAUGGAACGAGAAUAUUUACCUGAAAUACUUGCAGUUAUUCGUCGUGCUAUUUACCUUCAUGUAAAUUUUGAAGUGCGUGAAAUUCAACUGUUAGCUAUUUUAAUUAUUCUCAAUAGAAAUAGUGAUGGUGGACGUUUAUUACAAAUACUAACUGGUGAAGGUAAAUCAACAAUUGUUUCAAUAUUGACUGUGAUUAAAAGUUUGCAAGGCAAACACGUUGAUAUUAUUACCAGUUCAAUGACGUUAGCUAAACGUGAUGUAAACGAAUGGAAACCAUUUUAUCAAAUGUUCAAAUUAACUGCUGCACAUAAUAAUGACGAAACAAAUUAUGUUGAAGGAUUAAAAUCUUGCUACAAGGAGAAUAUUGUCUAUGGAACUGCUGGCCAAUUUCAAUUUGAUAUUUUACGUGAUGAAUUUAGUUUAUUGAAAACGCGUGGUGAUCGUCCUUAUGAUCUAGUUAUUAUUGAUGAAGUCGAUAGUAUGUUAAUCGAUGAAAAUAAUACCAUUGCUCGUCUAGCCGAUAAUUCACCCGGUAUGGAAUGGUUAAAUCCUCUUCUAUAUGGAAUUUGGCAAACAGCCAAUAAUACUCCGGAUCCACUAUCAAAUCGAGAUUUGAUUCUAAAAAUAAUUCGAAAAUUAAUUAAUAGUUCCGAUGCACAAUUGAAAUAUCCAGUUCAUUUAAAUCGUUUUGUAUCUGAUUCUUUACCAAUAUGGGUUGAUCAUGCUAUUCAGGCAAAAGUUGAAUAUCGACUUGAUUAUCAAUAUAUUAUAAAAAAAGAUGAAAUGGGAACAUUACGUAUUAUGCCAAUCGAUUAUUCAAACACUGGCAUUAUUCAAUGUCAUACUACAUGGAGUGAUGGUCUACAUCAAUUUCUUCAGAUCAAACAUGGAUUAAAGAUGACUCCUCUUACUAUGACAACAAAUUAUUUGUCAAAUUAUGAUCUAUUUAUUCGUUAUAAAAGUGAAAUCUAUGGAUUUAGUGGUACUCUUGGUUCGAUAGAUGCUCAAAAUCUUCUGAAAAAAAUCUAUCAAGUUGAUACAAUCAUCAUACCAUCAUGUAAACCGAAACGUCAUUAUCAACUAGAAACUAUAUUAACAUCAACAGAUGAUACAUGGUUGAAUACCAUCGUUCAGAAUACAAUAGAUCAUGUUAACAAACACCGUGCAGUACUAGUUAUUUGUGAAACAAGACUUGAUGCAAAGGCAAUCCUUAAAGAACUACAAUGUCAACAGCCGACGAGUUCGAUCCGUUUAUAUACAGAUAAUACUGAUAAUACUGAAUCGAGUGUUAUUUCGAAGCAAAUGAAACGUGGCGAUAUUAUCAUAGCAACUAAUUUGGCAGGUCGUGGAACUGAUUUAAAAACGACUCAAGAUGUUGAAAAGCAUGGUGGACUUCAUGUUUGUUUGACUUUUUUACCGAAAAAUUUGCGUGUAGAAGAACAAGCAUUUGGACGGACAUCUCGUCAAGGUAAUUGUGGUACAUCACAGCUUAUUCUUAAUCGAGAACGAACUUUCUUACAACUUAUAUCAUGGUAUCCAGAUUAUUGGAAUGAUCAUGGUAACCAGUUCACUAGUUUGAUCGAUAUAGAUAUUGAAACGAUUCAUGAUUGGAGGACACAAAGUGAAUCUGCACAAUUGAAUUACAUAUGGAAGAAAGAUAUUUGUGAACUCAAAGAAAAAUCUGAACUGUUUCGAAAGUUUUGUGAAUUACUUGCUGAAUUAAAGGAGAUAAAAGAUGAUCUCUAUUGUUUAUUGAGUGUAAAAGAACGAUGGGGUUUAUGGCUUAAGUCGAUUGAUCAAAGUGCUCAAGUAAGACAAGCGUUUGAAAGGACAAUAAAAGAAGCUGGGUUUCGUUAUGUUGGUGAGCUUCUUGGCAACGAAAGUCUCUUCGAUAUUAUUUGUCGUCAAUUACAAGAACUAAUCAAUGUCGAUACGAUUGUUGGGAAGAUCAGAGAACAUAUAUCUAAUAAUAAGAUAGUUUAUAAAAAUAAUGAAGAAGAACAACAAUAUUGGGCUGUUAGUCGAGCAUUAGAUAUUAACAUUGUUUUAUUUCGUAGUGAUUAUCUCAAUCCAUGUAUUUACAAGACUAAAAAUGCUAAAUUGACAUGUUUCAUCGGUUAUAUUGUCUCUCAAACUUAUCUUACUCUUGAACCAUUCUAUCCACAGAAUGACGACAAAUUUGAGAACAUUGAACAUUUAGCUUCCAUCGAUAACAAUGAAACAGAUUCUAUUUUAUCACCGGAGGAACUUGAUAGAGUGGAAAAACUAAGAGAUUCUAUAUGGAUUAAACCGAACAUGUUCAAUAUUAUUGAUAGUUUUGAAAGUUUUAAAACACAAAUUUGUAAAGAUUAUAAGUCCGACAAAGUUAUUCAAAAUCCUUAUUAUUUAAUCUUGAAAGCAGAUAAUUUAAUUACCAAAUACUGCUCAUUUAUUCAUCAGAUAAAAAGUAUACCCAAUGCUAUUCCAUUCAUCAAACGACAUGAUCGCAUUAUAGAUCAAGCAACGAUUCUCUUAGAAAGAGCUAUUGAUCUUGAGCCAAUUUUUACAUUCACUGCAUCAGUUAAUCUUGCCUAUUUCAUCAUAGUCAAAAGUCAACAAUCGAAGACUUACAAAUUGAAAGCAAAAUUCUUUUUAACACAAGCACAAGAACAAAUCGAUCAGUAUAUAUUACCAUCACUUGUUUUUAUGACAAUUCAACUACCCAUUGAAAAUGAUGAGAUCAUUCAUGACGAUUUUCUUAAACAAGUCGAAACGAAAAUUGAUAUUAUUGAUUCGUAUAAUAAAUGCAAUAAAGAAGCUAUACAGAGGAUUGAGAAUUCACAGAAAUUAAUUGAUGCAUCUGCAAAUUACAAUGGAAAGAUAAAAACUGCUCAGAAACUAUAUGGUAAUGAGCCGAAAGAUUUUGUUGACAAAAAUGAUGGAGAAAUUAAACUUACUUUUCAUGAUCUUACCGUAUCGCACGAUAUUGUCACAAAUGAUCAAGCAUUAGAAUUACUCGAUCUAACACCAAAAGACUAUUCUCAUGUAUCAAUUGAGUUUUUUAAUAUGAAUAAGAAAAAAAUGGAAGCAAUAAUUGCAAAGAUAUCUUCACGUGGUGAUUGUCAGAAUGAUCAAAUUGAUCUAAAUCUUAUUACGUCGACUGAACAAUAUUUACAAGCUAUCAAACUUUUCUCUGGUUUCGUGUCCAUGAAUUUAGAAUCUACACAAGAGACCUUAUUAUUUACUGAAGCAGAAGCAUAUCUUACAAAACAACCAGAAUUAGUAAAAUCAAUAUCUUUGUUAUUGAUUGAUAGUAGAACGUUGACUAAAAUAAUGAACGAUGUUGAACCAGCGAGCUUUUCAAUAAUAUUCAAUCAAAUAAAUCUUGAAACUAUAAAUCAAAUUACCAAAUAUCUUCCUGAUGGAAAGCUGUUCUCCUGCUACUUUGAAAAUUUAUCACAAAAAAAAGCUCGUUAUUUAUUUGAAGGAGAUACUGAACGAAACUUUAUUCUGCAUUUUCAUAAACUAACAUCUAAACAAGCCAAAACAAUUCUUAACGAAUUCAAUCGAAAUGAACAGGAUAUUAGUGCUAGCUUCAAUCCUAUUGUUGAAUCUUAUUCACAGAUCAAUCGAUCAAUUACGGAACUUCAUGAAUAUGCCACGAUGGGUAUUACUCGUUUACUUCUUAUCAAAGAACUUCAGCCACGUCCAUUGAAAACUAUUUCUAUUAUAGUUGCACUUGGUGUCGCUCAAAUAGUUACCGGUACAUGCCUUACUGCUUUAACAAGUGGCUUGGGUGCUACUGUAGGUAUAUCCUUGAUUGGCGAAGGUGUGAGAGAUCUUACUACUGCUGUAAAAGGUAUUUACUCUCGAAAAUUAUCUUUGAAAGAGUAUGGCAUUCAAAAAAGUUUAAGUCUUGCGAUAUGUUUUGCUUCACUGGGAUUUUCAACUAUUAUACAUGCUGCAAUAGUUGCUAAAAGUAGUGCAGAUAAUAUUUCAAGCUUCUUUGGACACACAAUGAAAGAAACUAUACAUGCUAUCCAUAGCAAUGCCGCAACAGUUGGUGCCACAUCUAUUUCAAAUACGCUGGAAACUUCGUUGGUAUUAGGAAAUAAACAGAUCACCAAAUUAGGAAUUAAAGCGGGAACGCAUGCAGUAGAAUUUCUUCUACCAAAAAUUCUGUCACAGUUAAGAUCAUGUAUUCAAGAGAAAAUGACAGAGAACAUCAAUGAACAGAUAGACAGUGAUGCAUUUGUUUGUAUGCUAAAUCAAGCUUUAUUUGUUGAUAUGUAUUAUGAGAAAGAUCGCUAUCAGCAUGGUAUUGAACUCAUGGUUAUUAGUGUUCUAAAAGAUCACGAGAAAAUUUGUAGAAAUAAUAAAAUAAUUCAAAAUGUUAUUCGAGCAAUCUCAUCUGAAGUGAUCAAGAGAACUACUGAAGCAUUACAAACAUUAAUUAAGAUAAGCAAUGGUUCUGAUGCAAAUUUAUUUUCUAUGAUCAAAGCAUUCGGUUCAGUUAUAGAUGAGAUCCAAAAUUGUUACCAUUUUAACAAAAAAAUAAAACAAUUAUUAGUGAAAUUCCAUGAGCAAUGUACUGAAUUCAUAUCAACGAUUCCGACCUUCGAAGAAUUACUUUGCCAUCGUUCGAAAAAUUUGAUUUCUAAGACAACAGCAGCUGAAAUUUAUCAAAUAUUACUACAACACAAUAUUGUCAACAAUAAUUACAGUAUCGCUGUACCAUCGAAAGUUAUAGCUAACAUCGAACAUAUCAAUGAAAAUCAAAAAGAACAUGUUUUGUUUCUUGUUGGAAAAUUAAAGGCAGUGAAUCAAAGUUGUUGGAAGAAAAGUAGAUUUCGUCAGAAAAUCAUCGAUAGAUUUGUUAAUUAUAUUGCUACGGACUUAUAUGAUGAAAUUAUUCAACCUUUGACACAACAAACUAUAAAUGGUGCAGCAGAUGCUCUAUUACGUCAAUUACGAAAUGAAUGCGACCAAAAAGAUAAAUUAAUGAAAUAUUCAAAAAUUUCUAAGGGUGAAAAGAUUGACCAUGAUCAAAAUUGUAAUUCAGUAAAUCGAAUUGGUAUUCUUGCUGCUCUAAACAAACAACCAAUCUCCGUUAUUCAAUACCAAAUAGAAAAUAAUUUAAUUGAACAUAUACAAAUAAAGUGUGAAAUAUUUGUUCUAACUAAUCAGCGAUAUAGAGAAGGCAUUCGAUCGAUUAUCAAUAAUAACUAUAUAUGUCGAAAUGUAAUUUCACGAGAAAAUCAAUUAUUAGUUGAUCAGUUCUAUUUUUCAUAUGAAAAAUAUGAAGAAUUUAAAGAAACUAUGAAAAAUCUUGCCAAUCAAAGAACUAAUCAAUUAAUAAUGAUCAACGAAUGGUUAUCAUCGAAUUCUCUUUAUCUUGAUCUUGAAAUUUGGACAUUUGCUCUUUUUUAUCCACAGAUUAAAUUUUUAGAAAGAACUGGUUUUAAAUUAAAUUCAGUACGUUUAUAUAAAAGAAUAAUUGUGCCUUUUAUUUAUUGCUCGUAUGAAGGCAUCAAUCAAAUGGAAUACUCGGAAGAGUAUAUCAAUAAUAUGCAAUUGUUAUUGAAUUCAGAUGAUACAAUCAGAAAUAUUCAAGAUAUAUUUGUCGAAUCACAGUGUGUCAUUGUGCAUAUAUGUCAAGAGAAAUAUUUUCAUUAUAUAUUGAAUAAGAAAGAAAUUAUCGUUACAGAUCCUUAUGAUGAACUUCAAUUACUAUUUCCUCUAUCAGCCUCAAAAAAUGAUCACUUGUGA